AUGGUCAAGGUCCUUAUCAUCAUGGCCGACUAUGGCCAUGAUCCCACAGGUCAGCACCCAUGUCACUGGCAUGAUUCCCGUGUCUCCCCUCCUCUCCGUCCCCUCCUCAUCCCGCCCGUGUCCACCACACACACACGCAUCCAUCUCCACAGUCUCCUCCGUCCCAAGGCCGCUUCCCUGCCGCACCUCACCACCACAAAACCCCUCCACUACCGGAUCUGCGUCACGAACCGCAAAGCUAAUCUGUGUCAUGCUCCCACAGAGGUCGCCGUCCCCUACCACGCCUUCAAAGAUGCUGCCUUCGACGUGAACUUUGCCACCGAAACGGGCAAAACCCCCCGAUGCGAUAGCAGGAUGCUCGAGGGCCUCUCCCAGAAGCUGCUGGUGCGCACCCCGAUCUCUUCUUUUCGAUUUACGACCCAUCUUGCAUGUCGCCAAUCUGCCCUGGACUCCGGCCUGCUGCUGCCGUCCAAUGACUUGUCCACCCGAGCUGACCUCGCUACUGCUCGACAGGGCGCCGCCGCCUCGGUCAUGAAGCUGUACGAGUCCAUGAUGGAAUCUGCGGAAAUGCAGCAGCCGCUGUCGUGGACCGCCCCGGGCUUCUCCCUCGACGAAUUUGACGUCGUGCAUAUCCCCGGCGGCCACGACAAAGAUGUGCGCCAGCUCAUGGACAAUGCCGUCGUCCAGAAGCUGUUCGCCGACUACUUUCCUAAGACGAAGAAGCCCGGCAAGAAAGUCGUGGGCGCCAUCUGUCAUGGGCCGCUGGUGCUCUGCAACGCCAAGGGAGAUGAUGGAAACAGCGUUCUAUACCACUGCACAACCACGGCGCUUCCUGCGUGCUUCGAGUCGGUGGCCUUUCACGGGACUAGGCUAUUUCUAGGCGACUACUACAAGACCUACGGUGCUGGCAGCGAGAAUGUCGAGACUUCGAUGAAAAAGGUGCUGAAAGACCCCAGCCAGUUCAAGUCCAGUUGGGUCCCAAACCGGCCGUUUGUGAUCGAGGACACAGAGUACAAUUACAUCAGUGCGCGGUUCCCUCCUGAUGCGGCCAAAUAUUCCGAGAUGAUGGUGAACCUGGCCCAUCUCGUUCAGAGUUACGAGAGUGAUGAGUCGCGCACGCAGUAG